CCAGCCUCCACGUCCAACCUCGACACUACCGCCAACAUCCAUCGACCCAUAAGACAGCCACAACUAACAAAGGAGACGACGAGAACGAUUUGCCCGUGCCGGUUCGUCGCCGUGCACAGUUUGGGUCAGACGACUUUGUCGACGAAUGGCGGUUGCUGUCGCCAGUGUAGUCCCCUUCCCGUGUUCUGACUCACCCGCCGAGUAUCGCGCUCCCCUCGCUCUUCCUCUUUUCCCCGCCCCGCCAGUGCGCGUGAGGAGGGAUUCAGGCGUCAUGGUUGCCCCUGCUGCCUUCUCUGUUCAUAGAAUGCAUGGUGUCUCCUCUAAGGAGAUGAACGCGAUGUCAAAAACCGGACACGACGAGUCCACUAAGGAAGACAUCCUGCCGCAGGAUGCUGAACCCCAACCUGCGUCGAUCAUUGUUUCCAGGAAGCGAUCGACGCGUGAUGACGAAGAUGAAGACGAGCAAGAUGUGAGAGAGGAGAGAGAAACGAAGAAGAGGCGCGUUGCAAGUGGUAUUACCCUCGUUGAUCUCAAAAUCAAUGUCGUCGUUCCUCCUAUCGAGCCCAAGACAGCUCCGAUAGUCGAGUUUGAACCCACUGCUGUCGAUGAUGCAGAAACCGCCGAAUUCGACCGCCAAAUCGAGGAGAUUGAGAAGCAAAUCGCUGAAGCGAUGCAGAAGCUCGAAUCAGCCGAAUCGCACACCUCGUCCCGCUCUGCGCCUCCCGCAUGCUCUGUUUCUCCAUCCUCUCCGCCGGUCGUAAGUGGGGGAAACAGACCUGUGCGCCCGUCCCCUUUGAAAGCAUUUGCUGUGACCAAACCCCACGUGCAGCUUUCAAAGAUGGCCUCAGUAGAAUCUCCUGUCGCACGCCUGUCAUCCCCGCCCCCGUCUCUCAUCGUUCCACCAUCCCUUCCCUCUCCAGCAGUUGACCGACAAGCCAACGGUGGUAAAUCAACGCGCGGAGGUGCUAACUCGAGCGCUCCACUUCGACGGUCUCGCAGGCUUAGCUCCCUCCCUCCCCUCACCACCAAAGUCAGGCGGGUCUCCCCCCCGCCCCGUGACAGUCUAUACCGUCAGGUGCUUAUCAACCAGAUGCGCAUAGCAUCAAUGGCUGAUGACUUCGGGUCUCCGAGCUUCUCGCCUCCGACCCCUACUACUUCGCUUCCCUCAACGAACGACGAUGACGUCGAUAUGGAACGUGUGGACACCCACGCAAAUACGGUCACCCCGACGCCUGAGCCGAUCGAUCCGCGCCUGUUUCCCCGACAAGGCUGCUUGAAGCAGAUGAAGGCCGAACAUGAAAGACGAAGAAUGGAGAAGGAGUUCGACUGCGAGCUCGCUUGGUUCGCAGCCAAGCUCCAGUGGGAAAUGAUGAACAAGAAGACCGGUAACAAUCGACGUGACCGAGGUUCUUGACCUAGCAAUGUUGUUGCCGGUGGGCGGGAUUGGUGUUUCCGGAUGUGAACAGUUUCGGUGUUUUAUGGUGUAUUUUCCUCUCUCAAGUGGGCGCGUUUGUAAACACGCCGAGUCAGCUUCAUCAAGCGCCUCACUCCCUAAGUACGUUCCAACCUCUCAACUUCAUUCUUCUCUCCGUUUCUGUUUUCUCCUGGAGACACAUUGUAUCUUUCCUGCUGCACUUUGAUGUGUGCAAGCAGCUUGCGCGUCAUCUGGGUCGUGAUAACUGGUAUCUGAUGUAGUUGUUGAUGGUGCAACAAUCGAAAACAUUAAAAUC